GUUGAUGUUUCUUACACUCCAGCGGGUUUGGAGAAGAUUUCGCCUGAUACCAAUAUAGAACUGCUGUAGUCCUUGUAGCCUGCAAAAUCUCACCUUUCCUCGUUACUUUCACUAAGAGAAGUUUUUGCUACACGUAUUCAAAGGAGAUUCUGCUGGAGGGUGUUUCACUCUUAUGCAAGAGGACAUCCAGAAGUGUACACAGUCCAUCGUAUUUCAACUUUCCCAAUCCACAAUGUCUGCAUCAACAAAUGGAAAGGGCUCACAGAAAGUCCGUUUCUUUGACUGGUUGGUUGAUCAGAUUGACAGUGGAGCAUAUAAAGGUUUAUUCUGGCUGGACAAGAAUCGCACAACCUUUUGUAUCCCUUGGAAGCAUGGUUCGAGAAAGGAUCUUGUGGUUGAUGAUUACAGGAUUUUGCAGGCAUGGGCUGCUGUUAGUGGAAAGUAUGAAGAAGGUUCAUCAAACCGAUCCAAAUGGAAAACCAACUUCCGCAAUGCCUUGAAGAGUACAAGGAGAUUUGAGGUCAUUGAUACCGUGCAAGAUCCCAAUCCUCAUCGUGUGUACAGAAUUAUCCCUCCCGACAUGGCACCAGAAGCAAUCCCCCCUGUUAAUACAACUGCAUGUGAACAAGACCAUUGUCAGGCAGUCCCUCAUGCUGAGCAAAAUAGCUGCCUGUCACUAGCAAAUGGGGUGCUGAACCAACCUGUGGAAAACAGCUACUAUGAACCCACAUCCCUAUCAAAUGUGAAUUCCCAGUCAUCGGCCACAGUUCUAUUGCAGUACAUUCAACAGAAUGCCAUUCCUGGUCAAGAUCAAUUUAAUCAUGUUGGGGAAACUUCAUACAAUAACAAUUGCUUCAUCCAAAACGCUUUUGUGAAUGAGGAUCCUAAGGGAAAUGGCAUGAUGAACAACGCAGUUGGGAAUGACUAUCAAAUGCCUGCAAACCAGCAAGCCAUAAUAGAGCAGAACCUGCUUGUGCCUCCUGCUGUCCUUUACCCAGAACAGCCUCUUCAAAGAAUUGCUCCACUGCAGAACCACAAAGGAGCUGUCAUCUCUCAUCUGGAUGUCUCCAUCUAUUACCGUGGGAGGCUACUGCAUGAAACAGAAGUGACAGUGAACAGCUGUAUGUUUACCUACAACAAGCAUCACAACUGUGACCUUGCUUUUGGCAACCCCCAGACAGUACAGUUCCCAAACCCAGAGGUACUUCCUGAUCAGAAACAAGUGAAGCAUACAUUGACCUUGCUACAGAAAGCAGGCUUACUGCUAUAUGAAAAGAACUAUAAGAUCUGUGCAAAACGACUGGAUAAAUGUAAAGUCUACUGGGCAUUCUCUAAACAGCUGGACAACAUAGGUCACAAUUCACAAUUCAGAUGUUUACUACGGGAUACAGAAACUGAGAUCUUUGACUACAUGCAGUUUUUGCAAGAACUAAAGGAUUUCCAUGAAAACCGAAGAUCGACUUCUCCUGACUACACUAUCUAUCUGUGCUUUGGGCAGUGCUUCUCUGCUGCCAGACCCAAGGAAAACAAACUAAUCUUGGUGAAGUUGGUGCCAAAGUACUGCAAAGAGUACCAUGAAUAUGUGCUGAGGGAAGGAGCCUCGUCUUUGAGCAGUGACAUGAGUCUACAGAUUUCCAACAGCCUGAUGGAUCUGCUAGAUCAAUAUCUGAUGGAUAUGUAAGGGAAGCACCUUGGAUGCUUUGUUCUUGGUUGGCAACUUAACUUUUAUGAUUUGAGGAGAGAACAGAGAGUACUUGGCUAGCCUACGCUAGCCCUGCAUUAAGUGUUCUCACUAAUGUUGCUCUAAUCUAGCUUGUGCCAGUUGCUCAGAGGUUAAAAGUGCAUGCACUGCGGGGAUGCAGUUGAAAAGAGCAUUUGCUGUGUUGAGUUCCUUUCUCUCUCCCCCCCCCCAAAAAGAUAAUAUACAGAAACUCCCUGUUAAGUAUCAUCUCUCUAAGCUUCUCCAUCCCUGCUUUCAGGAUGCAGUAAACUCUUAGGGAAUAUCAUAUUACAGGGAAGCAUGUAUAUAUGAGAGCAUUUGAGAAGCAUAACGUAGAUUCUAACCUGAGAGCCUGAUGUUUGGGGUACUAUUGAGACUAUCUCAAUAAGUGAUGGAGUUUUUUACAUCCACCCCACACUGAAUAAGUCUUACCAGAUUAAGUAAGAAAUGCUUGUGGCAUGGCACUGCAGGAGAAGAGUAUGGAUGCUUAGAUCUGCAGCUCUCUCCGAAACUGACCGAUUAAAAGCCACUAAAAUAGCAAUUUUUAUCCACAACUGGGAAAGAAAAGAGAACACUUUGAAAAACAUACAUGCCCAGUAAGCUCUUAUUUCACUCAAUCUUUCAAAGGAGGAGGUGGAAGGAAGGAGCCGUGACAAAACCAAAAUGGUGGUCAGUGCUAUGGAGAUUCUGGAGCAGAUAGCUGCUUUAACUAAAAUGGAUUUAAAUAAAUGAAACAAAACUUGCUAAUGAAAAAUAAAGACCUUAUUAGAACUGA